CCAGCGAAGUAGACAAAUCAGUCAACAAUUCAAACCCCCGGAUUAAAGAGUUUUAGCACUUCUGAAACCACUUCCGGGUCUUCCCCUUCCCGCCGGUGACUUCCUCCGCUCGCUCCUCCCUUCCUCCCUCCCUCCCUGGUGGUACACUUCCAGGGAUUCUGUUUGAAAUAGUGAAUACUACUGUAGUGUGAAAAGGGUGUUAAUUUGCAACAUCCAGUGGUGGAGAUGUCGGAGAAAGGAGGAAAGGGGUUUUCUUUGCCUAAACCUUCGCUGAAAUCUACCCCUCCCAGCUCAAAAGAUGGUAAGGAUGAUAGCUCGACAAAGUCCAAGAAGGGAAGACGAGUUCAGUUCGAUUCUGAAGGUUCCCGGGAACCCAAAUCAAACUUUUCGUCAAAAUUUUAUCGCCCAGCUGCUGCUUCAGGGAAAGCUGAUUGGGGCAAGGGGGGAAAAGGAGACACGGUCGCAAAUGCUAAAAAGAAAGAACCACAGCCACUGGAGCUCAAAAUUGAGCAGGAACUUCCGAAGAGUGUCAAAUGUAUGAUGGAUUGUGAAGCUGCCGAUAUAUUACAAGGCAUCCAGGAGCAGAUGGUCAUGUUGUCUAAAGAUCCUACUAUUAAAAUCCCUGUAUCAUUCGACAAGGGACUGCAGUAUGCCAACAGCACCAGCCGUUAUACACAUCCCCAAUCUGGGAGACACGUUCUUGAGACUCUAAAAAAAUAUGGUGUCAAAGAUGGAGAGAUAUGUGUGAUUGCCAAUGUUUGUCCAGAAACCACUGAUGAAGUUUUUGCUUUAGUACCAUCCUUGAAGGCUAAGAGAAGCACGCUCAGCCAACCACUAAAAGAUGUUUUAAGUGAGCUGACGAGGUUUAAAAGGGCAACAUAAGAACACUCUUUACCUGAGAAUUCCUAAUUGCUAGAUGCAAAUGGCAUUAAUAUGGAGGGAUUUUGCUUUGUGGACUUUUCAUGGCAGCACACCGGGACCUACAAUCAUCCUUGUUGUCGUACUUGUUAAUGGUCGUUGGAUUUUGUAUAUGACAUGGAAUUUGAGAUGCUGCGGAAAUCCCUUUCAUAGCCUCUACUUCGAUUCGGUUCUCAGCAGUAGUUUUCUUCUAUUUUGUGCUUGAUGAAUAUGAAGUUCACUGGAUAAUUGACUGAGUUUUAUAUGAAUACAAGUGAGAGAGAUGGUUCGCCUGA